AUGAAUACGGUUAUCCAAUACCACCAACAAAAUAAUCUGACUAAGAGUGUCCCGCCAGUUUCAUCUUUAUCCUCUCCACUGAAUCAAAUAAUGGGUAAACACAACAGCACAUCGUCAGCAUCGCGGUUCACUAUCAUUAAAGACAAUGCUAAAAAAGUUCCAAGAUCCAAGCUUGCAGGUCAGAAGAUUAACAAAAUGGCCAAGGGCACGAAAGGGAGUGAUAAAGAACACAUUAUCCUGCCACCAAUAUCGUCGUUGAUAAACGAUGAUUCGACGAAUACAAACAGCAUGGAGACAAAGGCAGGCAGGAGAAAAUCAGACAGCAGUGCAGCGUCGAAUACAACCCGCUCAAUCAGUAGCAGUACUCUUCUUAAUGCGACUGACUCGAAGACUUUCAAUGGGUCCUCCCCAAAUGUUUCUGCUAGUGCAUCAUACGGUUCCACGUCAUUUAGACCAACGACUAGCUAUAAUACUAAUACCAGUGUACAUCCUUAUGGAGGUGAUUCGAAUCUUAUGAUCACGCCUGCAUUGUCAGCUGCACCAUCUUGGUCUCGUCAAGACAUGCACCAAUCAUUACAGCAACAGCAGCAGCAGCAGCAACAAUCUUACAUUUAUACAACUGCAUCACAACAACAGCAACAACAACCGUACUACAAUGGAGAAAAAUAUCCGCACAUUGCACCACUAAACUACUAUAUGCCCCCAAUGAACAAUGCCAGUGACACUGACAGAUCACUUAACGGCAACAAUGCCAAUAUGGUACAGGGUUCUAUACCAUCACCAAUGGGUACGCCUCUGUCAAGUCCUGGACAGAUGGGCCUACUACCCAGAGAACAACCAUCGGGUCCGCUACAACAACGGCAACCACAAGAGCAGCAAGGGUUCUACUACGUGUAUACGGAUCCUGCUGCUUCCAAUUUGUCUGCACAGCAAAGAGUAGUCUCACAACAGCAGCGACAGCAGCAGCACCAUAUAUUGCAACAGCAAUUUACAAAUUACUCGAAUCCGGAGCAAAUGCAGUACGCUCCCAACGGAGCUCCGUUUGUCUACGCGACUGGUCCACUUCUACCACAGGGGCAGUCAAUGCAACAGAUGCCCAAUGGCAACCCUCAAAACCAGUUGUCAAUGGCGCCACCUCAGCAACAGAAUAUUGGGUGUGGAUCAACGGCCGACCACAGCCCGAAUCUACAACCCAGUGGAAUGGGCGGAGCAAUGCAAAUGAUGCCUAACUCUAAUGCAUACAGAAACACAUACAGUCCUGUCAACGUACAGACUUCCAAUGUGAAUCCAUCAGUCUUCGAUCCGAAUAUCCCUACUCCAGCAAAGAUCCAAUCGAACCUAACACUGGCUACAAAACUGAGAAAACAGUGUCCUGUUUGCGGUAAGAUCUGUUCGAGACCGUCUACUUUGAAGACACACUACAUGAUACACACGGGCGACACCCCGUUCAAAUGCCCAUGGGAGGGCUGCAACAAGUCCUUCAACGUGAAGAGUAACAUGUUCAGACAUUUGAAAAGUCACAAGAGAAAAUUGGAGCAAAGGCAACUUCAGAAGUCCUAA